GACUUGGAAGCCAAAUUCAUUAUUCAAAUGGAGAAAAGCAAAACAACAAUCACAAACUUAAAGAUACCAGAAGGAGGGACUGGGGACUCAGGAAGAGAACGGACCAAGACCUUCACCUAUGACUUUUCUUUUUAUUCUGCUGAUACACAAAGUCCAGAUUAUGUUUCACAAGAAAUGGUUUUCAAAACCCUCGGCACCGAUGUCGUGAAGUCUGCAUUUGAAGGUUAUAAUGCAUGUGUCUUUGCAUACGGGCAGACUGGAUCAGGAAAGUCAUACACUAUGAUGGGAGAUUCUGGCGAUUCUGGCUUAAUACCCCGGAUCUGCGAAGGGCUCUUCAGUCGGAUAAAUGAAACCACCAGAUGGGAUGAGGCAUCGUUUCGAACUGAAGUCAGCUACUUAGAAAUUUAUAAUGAACGUGUGAGAGAUCUACUUAGACGGAAGUCAUCCAAAACCUUCAAUUUAAGAGUCCGUGAGCAUCCAAAAGAAGGACCUUAUGUUGAGGAUUUAUCCAAACAUUUAGUACAGAAUUACGGUGAUGUUGAAGAGCUUAUGGAUGCAGGAAACAUCAAUCGGACCACCGCUGCCACAGGGAUGAAUGAUGUCAGCAGCAGGUCUCACGCCAUCUUCACCAUCAAGUUCACGCAGGCAAAAUUUGAUUCUGAAAUGCCAUGUGAAACCGUGAGUAAGAUCCACUUAGUCGAUCUUGCCGGAAGUGAGCGGGCAGAUGCCACUGGUGCCACCGGGGUCCGGCUGAAGGAAGGGGGGAACAUCAACAAAUCCCUCGUGACUCUGGGAAAUGUCAUUUCUGCCUUAGCUGAUUUAUCUCAGGAUGCAGCAAACCCUCUUGUAAAGAAGAAGCAAGUUUUUGUGCCUUACAGGGAUUCUGUUUUGACUUGGUUGUUAAAAGAUAGCCUUGGAGGAAACUCUAAAACUAUCAUGAUUGCCACCAUUUCACCUGCUGAUGUCAAUUACGGAGAAACCCUAAGUACUCUUCGCUAUGCAAAUAGAGCCAAAAACAUCAUCAACAAGCCUACCAUUAAUGAGGACGCCAACGUCAAGCUCAUCCGUGAGCUGCGAGCCGAAAUAGCCAGGCUGAAAAUGCUGCUUGCUCAAGGGAAUCAGAUUGCCCUCUUGGACUCUCCCACAGCCUUAAGCAUGGAGGAGAAACUUCAGCAGAAUGAAGCCAGGGUUCAAGAAUUGACCAAGGAAUGGACAAAUAAGUGGAAUGAAACCCAAAAUAUUUUGAAAGAACAAACUCUGGCCCUGAGGAAAGAAGGGAUUGGUGUUGUUCUGGAUUCCGAGCUGCCCCAUUUAAUUGGCAUCGAUGACGACCUUCUGAGCACUGGCAUCAUCUUAUAUCAUUUGAAGGAAGGUCAGACAUAUGUUGGUAGAGAAGAUGCUUCAACAGAACAAGAUAUUGUUCUUCAUGGCCUCGACUUGGAGAGUGAGCAUUGCAUCUUUGAAAAUGUCGGGGGGACGGUGACACUGAUUCCCCUGAGUGGGUCCCAGUGCUCUGUGAACGGUGUUCAGAUCAUGGAGGCUACGCACCUCAAUCAAGGUGCCGUGAUACUCCUGGGAAGAACCAAUAUGUUUCGCUUUAACCAUCCGAAGGAGGCCGCCAGGCUCAGGGAAAAGAGGAAGAGUGGCCUUCUGUCCUCCCUCAGCUUGUCCAUGACCGACCUGUCCAAGUCCUGCGAGAACCUCUCUGCCGUCAUGCUGUACAACCCAGGACUUGAAUUUGAGCGGCAGCAGCGUGAAGAACUUGAGAAAUUAGAAAGUAAAAGAAAACUCAUAGAAGAGAUGGAGGAAAAGCAAAAGUCCGACAAGGCUGCGCUGGAGCGGAUGCAGCAGGAGGUGGAGACGCAGCGCAAGGAGACGGAGAUCGUGCAGCUGCAGAUCCGCAAGCAAGAGGAGAGCCUCAAGCGCCGCAGCUUCCACCUGGAGAGCAAGCUCAAGGACCUGCUGGCCGAAAAGGAGCGGUUCGAGGAGGCGAGGCUGAAGGAGCAGCAGGAGACUGAGCUGCAGAAGAAGAAACAGGAAGAGGAGCGCUUUCUCCGCGUCCGGGAAGAGCUCCAGCGGCUGCAAGAACUCAACAGCCACGAGAAGGCCGAGAGGGUUCAGAUAUUUCAGGAGCUGGAGCAACUCAAGAGGGAAAAAGAGGAGCAGUGUGUCAGGCUGGGGCAGGAGAGGAGGCGGCUGGAGGGGCAGGAGGAGGAGCAGGUCCUGCGCGUGGCGCGCCUGGAGGAGCAGCUCCGGGACAAACGGGAGCUGGUCCGGCUGCCGCGUCAGCAGAAAGAGCUCCUGAAAAAGGAGGUGGAGGAAGAACGUGAAAUCCUGGAGCGCUUAAAAUCUGGCAGCAAGGAAGAAUCGAGGUUGUUGUUCAAGAAGGACGGAGGUGCCGCCGAUGCCCCCCACGCGGCUGGAGAUGCGGAGCAGAUCAAGCCGGCGGAGGGGAGGCUGCAGUGUAAGGAGAGCCAGCUCCAGUAUCUCCUGCAGCAUCAUUUGCCGAGGCUGUUGGAAGAGAAACAGAGAGCCUGCGAGAUCCUCGACCGAGGUCCCCUCGGCCUGGACAACACUCUCUACCAAGUGGAGAAAGAGAUGGAAGAAAAAGAAGAGCAGCUCGCGCAGUACCAGGCCAGCGCCAGCCAGCUGCAGAAGCUCCAGGCCACCGUCGAGUUCACGGCCAACGUGGCCCGUCAGGAGGAGAAGGUGAGGCGGAAGGAAAAGGAGAUCCUGGAAUCCCGGGAGCCGCAGCAGAGGGAGGCGCUGGAGCGGGCGGUGGCCCGGCUGGAGCGGAGGCACUCUGCCCUGCAGCGGCGCUACGCCCGGGGCCUGGGGGCCGAGGAGCGGAGGCCGAAGCCGGCCACCUUGACCGCCGGCGGCAGCGAGCGGUCCGGGCCCCGGGCCGGCCUGGGGGCCGAGCAGGAAGCCCUGGAGGAGGACCGGGAGAGGUUAGAACAUGAAAUCCAGCAGUUGAAGCAGAAGACCUGUGAGGUCGAUGGUGUUCAAAAAGGGCAUCGUGGGACCUUGGAGGGAAAACCUGCUUCUUCCAGCUUGCCAUCCAGUGCUGAAAAGUCUUACCUGGUCCCCCUGAUGGAUGCCAGGAUCAGUGCUUACAUUGAAGAAGAAGUCCAGAGGCGCCUUCAGGAUCUGCACCGUGUGGCUGGCGAUGGCAGUGGUGCACCUGCCGAGACCGUGAAGGAUAAUGAGAAACUUCACAAUGGCACCAUUCAACGUAAGCUAAAAUAUGAGCGGAUGGUGUCUCGCUCUUUGGGAGCAAAUCCAGACAACCUGAAGGACCCCAUCAAAAUUAGUAUUCCACGCUAUGUUCUCUGCGGCCAAGGGAAGGACGAACACUUCGAGUUUGAGGUCAAGAUCACUGUCCUGGAUGAGACGUGGACCGUAUUCAGGCGUUACAGUCGUUUCCGAGAAAUGCAUAAAACAUUGAAGUUGAAGUAUGCAGAGCUCGCGACUCUUGAAUUCCCUCCAAAGAAACUAUUUGGAAACAAGGAUGAACGUGUGAUUGCUGAGAGGCGAAGUCAGUUAGAGAGGUACCUCAGGGACUUUUUCAGCGUGAUGCUCCAGUCAGCGACGUCCCCGCUACACAUCGACAAGGUGGGGCUGACACUGUCCAAACACACCGUCUGCGAGUUCUCGCCGUUCUUCAAGAAGGGCGUCUUCGACUACAGCAGCCACGGGACGGGGUAG